UAACUCCAGUCUGCGCUCAACUCUGUGGAGGAGUUGAGGUACUUGGCAAAUCACAGUACAAUACACUGCAGUAUCAACAAGCUGAAUUCAACUUUGGAUUGGAGAUCUGAUGCCUGUGUGUAGUCCACCAGCAGCGAUUCAUUUCCACAAUGAGCCAAGGCAUAAUCAAGGAGGAAAUUCUUCGAGAUGAUCUAAAAUACUACUUCAUGAGCCCUUGUGAGAAAUACAGGGCCAGACGCCAGUUGCCAUGGAAACUGGGGGUGCAGAUCCUGAAAAUAAUCAUGAUCACAUCACAGCUUAUCUUGUUUGGACUGAACAACCAGCUUGUGGUUUCCUACAAGGAGGAGAAUGCUAUGACCUUCAAGAACCUGUUCCUCAAGGACUAUAGUGGAGUUGAUGAGGACGAUUACAGUGUAGCUCUUUACUCCCAACAAGCCGUCUAUGACAGUCUGUUCUAUGUGCUGGAUCAGUACCGCCAGUUGGGGCGCCUCUCUGUGGGGCCUAUCAGUUACGCUGAGGAGGAUGGGAAACUGUUACCUCUGGUCAUCUGUAAGGAGUACUACAAGAGAGGCAAUGUGGAACCCUCGGAUGAUGCCUACGACAUUGAUGCUCAGUUAGAAAAAGUUUGUAUGACACAUGAUCCAACAAACGUGAGCCAGUGGAAAGCAGAAAAUGUGUCUUUUUUCAAUCUGGAAUUUUACAGGCUUGUCGAUAUCAAGAUCACUUUUCAACUUAAAGGAAUCAACCUGCAAACAGUGCGCUCACAUGAGUUACCGGACUGUUAUCUAUUUUUUGUUACGAUCACAUUUGAUAACCAGUGUCACAGUGGAAAGAUAAAAAUCUUCCUUGACAUUGAUGCACUGAGCAGUGCGUGCAAAAACUGGACGAUUUCAGGGACUGCUCAGAAGAACACACACUACCUUCUGGUGUUUGAUGGCUUUGUCAUACUGGUUUGCCUGACCUCGGCCGUGCUAUGCACACGCUCCAUCGUUCUGGCAGUCAAAUUACUGCAGAGAUUUUCCAGGUUCUUCCGUGAGAAUUAUAAUCACAAGGUGUGUGAGACUGACAAAAAGGAGUUUUUAAAUGGCUGGUAUGUUUUGGUGAUCGUCAGUGACGCUAUGGCCAUAGUAGGAUCCAUAUUGAAGAUGGAAAUACAAGCAAAGAGUCUUACCAGCUACGAUGUGUGCAGCAUCUUUCUGGGAACUUCUACGCUGAUGGUGUGGGUGGGAGUGAUCAGGUACCUGGGCUACUUCCAAAAGUACAAUGUGCUCAUCCUGACUAUGAAGACUGCCUUCCCCAAGGUGAUCCGCUUCUGUUGCUGUGCUGGCAUGAUCUACUUGGGGUACACAUUCUGUGGCUGGAUUGUACUUGGCCCUUACCAUGAAAAGUUUGAGGGCCUGAGUCGGGUGGCCGAGAGCCUGUUCUCGCUGGUCAACGGCGACGACAUGUACACCACCUUUGCACAGCUGAAGGACAAAAACAGCCUGGUGUGGCUGUUCAGCCGCGUCUACCUCUACUCCUUCAUCUCCCUCUUCAUCUAUAUGGUGCUCUCGCUCUUCAUCGCCCUCAUCACAGACGCCUACGACACCAUCAAGAACUACCAGAAGAAUGGUUUCCCCAUGACAGACCUGCAGAGGUUCCUGAGAGAGCAGAAGGAUUUCCCCCCUAGUGAGGAGGGCAGCGAGAUGGACACAGAGACUGGAAUGGGACACCCAGCACUGUGCUGUUGCAGCCGGGCUCCAAGCAAUGAUGACAUCAUACUCAUCAGCUGACAGCAGCCACACCUGGGAAUGUUGGGAGCAGAGGAUGAUUCUGGAAAUUGGGAACCCGGAACUCUGAAAUACAGGAAAGAACCCUGAUGGAAAUACUGUUCAAUAAUAUUUGGGAUCAUGCAGGUUUUAAUAGGCAGAAUUUGGAUACUUUCCACGGAAGCAAAUGUGGAAUAUAAGUGCCAAAUAAAGUUCUUUAUAUUGCCUUUUAAACAUUAAACUAAAAGCCAUGUAUGAUAUCUGCUGGCUCAGAGCCAGUGGCUCUUAGCAAAGAGAAGGAAAAUAUUGAAAGCAAUAAGUAUCCACUCCUCCUCUGAGGAAUGGACGAACCAUCAUGAUAUCAAAAUGAUAGUUAACUAUGUUUUGUUGCUAUACAGUGUUUUACUUUGUUUACAAACAUUGGCGUAAAAAAAAACUAGCUUAUAUUUUGGGUACUAAUGGUGUACGACUGUUGAACUAAGCUCACGAGGCAUUUUCACAUGGACAUUCUUCAGAGGUUUACAGGACCAGAAAGUAAUUUCAGGCAAGCACAGGGAGAGCAUGUCUGCUAUGUGAUUCUGAUGCCCUUCGUAUGUAUGCAACAUCAAUGUGAAACACGUGUAAUUUAUUUUUCGGUGGUUCAUAGAUUUGUAUGUUCAAAAUAAAUCUGUAAAUGCACUACUAAAAAUAAUUUGUCUUUGUCAUUUGUCAAUUAUUUUGUCCAUACAGGUAUUUUGUCCAUUUUGGAAAUACCAUUGUGUCUAAGGCCACCAUUAAUUUUCAGUAAAUAGAAAAGGUAAUGCAGUCACUUGCAAAAGGAAGAAGGUAAAUUACAUAAUCCACUCAUGCUAUGUACUUAGUAAUUGAAUUUAGUAAUUGAACUUUGGAAUAAAGAGCUCAUGACACCUGUAAGCUGCAAAGUCAAUAUUAUUGAAAGAUGAACUGCCUCUACACACAGGCAUGCAUGUCUUCCCUGUAUCGUAAAGAUAAUCAAAUGUGAGUCUGCCUUUCCCAGGUUUAAGACGGCAGGGAAAAGACAAUUUGCAGAAACUGAACCUUGAGUGUGUGACAGAAUAUGAGACAAUGAUAAAGUGGCAUGUAUUAUUCUGUUACAUGCAUUAUUUAGUCAUUUACUUUGACAACAUAGCUGUGUAAUAAAUCCGUUGUGGCUAAGUAUUUCAUGAA